UUUAGACAUAUCUGGCAAUGUCUAUUGUCACAAGACUUCAACUUCCGUGGGUCUUGUGAGCUUAGUUUCUUACGUUCACUAAGUAGUGACUCUAUUGGUUUUCUUCAUCUCUUUUAUAAUUGAAAAAUGGCUGGAAUGAGCGAUUCAGAAGUCCAAGGGCAGAUUGCCCAUAUGAUUGCUUUCAUUGAUCAGGAAGCAUCUGAAAAAGUCGAAGAGAUUGAUGCAAAGGCUGAGGAGGAAUUUAACUUAGAGAAAGGCCGUUUGGUUCAAACAGCAAGAGCCAAAAUUAUGGACCACUAUGACAAGAAAAUUAAACAAGUGGAGUUGCAAAAGAAAAUCCAGCAGUCAAAUCUACUGAACAGCUCUCGUCUACAAAUUCUGAAGAGAAAAGAGGAAUUAUUGAAUGAACUUCUUGAUGAUGCAAGAAAAACUGCAUAUAAAAUGGCAUCCGAGGAUCCUUCUAGGUAUAGAGAUACCAUGAUCAAGCUAACUAUGCAGGCUUUAGUCCAGCUGUUGGAGCCUAAAGUCACAGUUCAAGUGAGACAACAGGACCUGGACCUUAUGAGAAAAAUUAUCCCAGAAGUUCAAGACCAGUAUAAAAAGUUCACACAGAAGCUAGAAGUCAAAUUAACUAUAGAUGAACAAAAUUUCCUUCCAGCAGAUCUAAUUGGUGGAGUUAUCCUGUCUGCUCAUGGCGAUAAAAUCAAAAUUAACAACACACUUAAUGAAAGGUUAAAGUUGGUUUCCUCAAAGAUGCAACCAGAGCUCAGAGAGACUUUAUUUGGACCAAAUCCCAACAGAAAGUUCCGUGAUUAACUGCCAUGAUAGUUUAGAAGUAAAUCUAUCUCAUCUCUCUGUACAUUUGGAACAUUUUAUUUUAAACCAGAGUGUAAACCAUUGUGGUCUCUAUAACAGUCAUGUGAGAACCUUGUCAAAUUUAUAGACAUUCCUUUUGAUUAUGUGCUUAUGAAAUGGGUUUCAUAAUUACCUUGUUUUUCUUAGGUCACCUGGAAAAUAUGCUACGUCUUGUAUGAAGAAAUUUUUUUUUUUUUUUUUUUUUAAGCUCAUAUGAUGUUAGUUGUAUGAUUUAAGAAUUAUUUUUUUUUAGCUCUACAUUUCUUUGUAUAUAUUUCCUUCGGUAGCCAUGGUUCAUUAUUUAUGUAUGAAUGUUGAUAAAAUAUUUAUGUGCUUCUUUUUUUUUUAACUUCUCUUUAACUUUUGCACUACAAGAAUGUUGUAGACAGCUGGGUAACUUGUACCUUGGGAGAUGGGGUUAAAGACUAAAGCACUGACAUGUAUUUCAUAGCUCUAUUAUACUUAGUUGUACCCUCCAUUCCUCUGUUCAACGUUUAGUUAGUUCAUUGUUGUAUAUUGAUAUGUAUCGACCCAGUGGUGUGUACCUGCAGCUGGACCUGGUCCACUCAGUCCACCACCUCAUCAUUAAUGGCUGUGAUCCAUUUAAAUACCAAGACAAAACCUUUGUAGUCUUCUAUAUUCAAGUGGUGUUUUAGUCUAAGGGUAUUUAUCUUGUUGCAUGUGCUGUGUGUCCUCCUUAGUUCUUAGUAUUCAUUUUUUUUUUUUUUUUGUCUCUGUCUCACAUGUUGAUUGAUGUAGCCUGUUUAAAGGAUCACAUUUAUUUCUGUGCUAUUACAAGGACAAAAGGGAGUUUUUAAUUUUAAAAUAUGUCCAGUCCUGUUCGUUUGUCAGUCAACAUGUGAGAUAAGUGUGUCGAAUUUGAUUGGAAAUUGUAGUUGUGAGUGAUGCUGUCUGUGAUACAGUAUGAUGAUUCUGUUGUGUAGAUUGAACAUGUGGGUCACUCAGUAGUUUAAUGCAUAAGUUUGUGUGUGUGUCAACAAUGAACAGUGCUGUGUGCUACCAUUGGAUACACUUCUAUUGGAAAGAAAUAAACUUGAAUCAAAAUAAUUACUUCUUAUAGAAUGAAUGGUUUCUUGUAUUUUUUUAUUUUUUUUUGGUCACUGUUCAUAACAUUUCAUGUCAGUGUGUCCUGUUCAGGUUCAAGGUCUAUGUAUUUGUACAUUGUAACCAAGAUGUCUUAUCCCAAAGUAUUAGUUUUAGUCUGUUUAGUUUCUGAUGUGGCUGGUCGUAUUGUUAAUAGUAGAAUCGAUCAAAUCUUCCAGUUGGUGUAGACACUAGAAAUAAAAUUUUGUAUAAAAUACCA